AUAUUACCGUUAGAAAUUGAUGGGUUUAGGAACGCGAAGAACUUCAGUUCUUUUACGUUCAGCCAUAGAACAGAAAGGUAUUGUCAUUUUUACUUCAAAUAAAAUCAGAGAACAUCCGGCUGUUUAUUAUUAAUAUACAAAAUGGCCAAAUCUAAGGAGAAGAAAAGCAAAAGUGCUAUUAACGAGGUUGUCACUCGUGAAUAUACAGUGAAUCUCCACAAACGUCUCCACGGAGUUGGAUUUAAAAAACGUGCUCCACGAGCUAUCAAAGAAAUUCGCAAAUUUGCUGAAAAACAAAUGGGAACUCCAGAUGUGAGGAUUGAUACACGACUCAACAAACAACUGUGGUCUAAGGGAAUCAGAAAUGUACCAUUCAGAGUUCGUGUACGAUUGAGCAGAAGAAGGAAUGACGAUGAAGAUUCCGCAAACAAAUUGUACACCCUUGUUACAUACAUACCAGUUGCUUCUUUCAAAGGUUUACAGACAGAAAAUGUUGAUGCAAGCCAAGAUUGAUUUGUUUCUGAUUAAUAAAUAAGUUUUCAUCAA